CGCAAAAAAUAAAGAACCACGUCCACGGUCCACCUCGGCCUCGACUUGCCCUUCCUCGCACCUCCACCUGCUCUCCUCUUCCCCAGCUCAGAUCUACUCCACUGCCACCUCCUCCCCCCCUCCCGAGCCGCCUCCCAUGGCGUCUCCAUCCGGGAACCCUAACCCCAACCCACCCUUCGAGCUCGGGAAGCUAUUCAGGCCGCCCCCGAAUCCCAUGCCCACCGCUACCGCCGCCCCCAUCUUCCCCGGCCGCGCCGGAGGCCCCGCGGGCCCGCCGCCGCCGUCCGGUCCGUACUCCUACCCUCCGGUUACCCCUCCCUUCCACCGCGGACCCUACCUCCACUACCCGCAGGACCCUCAUCCCCAUGCCAUGCCUCGCUCCGUCGUCUCCUUCCCCAUGCCAAAUCCCAACCCCAACCCCAACCCGAACGUUAACCCCAACGCUGCUGCCCCGGGCCCCAACCCCGGCGCGCGCCUCAUGCAGCUGCUCGGCAACUCCGGGCAGACCCAACUUGAGACCGCGGUCUCCAUGUCCCCGCCGACGUCGGAGUUCGCGCAGCCGCCGCCGCUACCGGCGAUGCCGUCCGCGCCGCCAGUAAGGAUGCUGAGCAGCACCAGCAGCAAGGUGCCCAGGGGGCGGCUGCUGGGCGGCGGGGACCGAGCGGUGCACGAUGUUGACUCGCGGCUGCCCGGGGAAGCGCAACCGCCGCAGCUGGAGGUGACACCGAUCACCAAGUACACGUCGGAUCCGGGGCUCGUGCUGGGAAGGCAGAUCGCGGUGAACCGGACGUACAUCGUGUAUGGACUCAAGCUUGGGAACAUCCGUGUGCUGAACAUCAACACCGCGCUUCGCUCACUGCUUCGGGGUCACACACAGAGGGUGACAGACAUGGCUUUCUUUGCUGAGGAUGUCCAUCGAUUGGCAAGUGCUAGUGUAGAUGGGCGGAUAUAUGUGUGGAGGGUUGAUGAGGGACCUGAUGAGGAAAAUAAACCACAAAUUACUGGAAAGAUUGAAAUCGCCAUUCAGAUUGUAGGCGAUUCUGAAGCUUACCAUCCAAGGAUCUGUUGGCACUCUCAUAAGCAAGAAAUUCUGUUUGUUGGAAUUGGAAACUGUGUCUUAAGAAUAGAUACGACUAAAGUGGGAAGGGGAAGAGACUUUACUGUGGAAGAACCUGUUAUAUGUCAUCUUGAAAAGCUUAUUGAUGGCGUGCGCUUAGUUGGUAAGCAUGAUGGCAAUGUGACAGAUUUGUCCAUAUCUCAAUGGAUGAGUACACGCCUGGCGUCAGGAUCAAAGGAUGGCAUGGUAAAGAUCUGGGAUGAUCGCAAGACAGUGCCUCUAUCCAUUCUAAAACCACAUGAUGGUCAAGCUGUUUACUCGGUUGCUUUUCUUACGGCACCUGAGCAUCCAAAUCAUAUAAAUCUCAUUACAUCAGGUCCUCUUAACCGGGAAAUUAAAAUUUGGGCUUCUACUAAUGAAGAUGGUUGGUUAUUACCAAGCGAUUCUGAGACUUGGAAGUGUACUCAGACCUUGGAACUUGUUAGUUCUUUGGAACCUAGAGUUGAGGAGGCAUUUUUCAACCAGGUCGCAGUGCUGCCUCAAGCAAGCCUGAUUUUGCUUGCAAAUGCUAAAAAGAAUGCUAUUUACGCCGUGCAUGUUGAAUAUGGCCCAGAUCCUGCUUCUACUCGCUUGGACUAUAUAGCAGAUUUCACAGUUGCAAUGCCUAUUUUAAGCCUCACUGGAACACAUGAAAGCCAACCUGAUGGUGCACAAGUUGUUCAAGUAUACUGUGUCCAAACAAUGGCCAUUCAGCAGUACGGACUGGAGUUAUCACUCUGUUCGCCUCCUACAGCUGAUACUACUGGGUCUGGAAGAGAUCCAGCUACCUCCCGUGUUUAUGAGACACCUCUGGAAGUGGUAGGAACAGAGUCAUCUGCAGGAACUAGUUUCACCGACUCUUGCUCUGUCGGUGCUCCUAGUAAACCAUCAACUGUUGACCAGUCUGCAGAGUUUGAUCUGAAACCAUCAGCUCCACCGCUUACAUACUCAGAAGGUGAUAAUUCCAUGCAUCUUCCAUCUGCAUCUCUUGCAUCAAAGAUGGAGCUUGCUGGAUCAGGACCAUCACCUGGCAGCCGUGAUAUAGACCAAUCAGCUUAUGAAUACAUUGCAAACAGAAACAUGGAGCGUGAUGCUUUGAAAAGGCAAGAUACGCCCAUGCCCAUGAGAAAGGAUAUCUUAGGAAAGGAUGAGCCAAGAGACAGUCACAGCGAUGUUGCAAUGCUUCCAAAUCCCCGUUUGAUGUUUCAGGUUGGAGGGAAUGCUACACACUUGGUAACUCCGUCUGAAAUUAUAUCGGGCACUCUCUCUUCUGCUGAAAACAAUGAUGUCUCUAAAUCUGAUAUUGGAAAAAUUCAAGAUGUUUCUAGUAGCAGCUCUCGGAUUGCAGAAGUGGAACCAAAACAUAUUGAUGAGAGUAAACCAGAUAAAAAUUCAGAACUUGAAGCUAUCAAGGAAACUCAGAGUUCGUCAGAGCAAACUGUUGAAAUGAUCAGUGAGCGCUCAGUAACAACUGAUAAGUACAGUGUGGAAGAAUCACAGUUACCAUCUGAUAGACCGGUGUCUGAGCAAACUGUUGCUGCUGAUGAAAAUAUCCUGAAAAAGUUUGUGGAAAUGCCUGAGAAAAGUGACCAUUCCUCUGCUUCCAGGGAGCAAUCAUCUUCGUAUGCGAAGGAGGAGAAAGUUUUGCAUCCUCAAACAUCUUGUCAGUCAUCUCCUUCUGUGAGUGUUUUCAACUCAAUUGAGUCACAUGAGCCUUUGAGCUGCGCAUACCCUCCUAUCGACUCCUUUCCAGAAGUUGCUUCCACACAAGGGAUGCUGCAACAGCUUAUAGCGAUGCAAAAGGACAUGGAAAAGCAAUUGGGUACUAUGAUUUCUGCCCCUAUUGCAAAGGAAGGCAAAAGACUCGAGACAUCAUUAGGGCGUACCAUGGAGAAAUCUAUCAAGUCUAACAUUGAUGCCGUUUGGGCUCGUCUCCAGGAGGAAAAUACUAAACGUGAAAAGGCUGAAAGAGAGCGAAUGCAACAAUUGGUUACUCUCAUCACGAGCUCAAUAAACAAGGACUAUCCUGCUAUGUUGGAGAAGUCACUUAAGAAAGAGAUCUCUUCACUUGGGCCUGUUGUUGCACGGGCAAUAACACCUAUUAUUGAGAAAUGCUUAGCCUCUGCUGUUUCUGAUUCAGUUCAGAAAGGGGUGGGUGAUAAGGUGUGCAAUCAGCUGGACAAGUCUGUUAGUGGAAAACUUGAAGCUACACUUGCUAGGCAAAUCCAAAUGCAGUUUCAUACAUCUGUAAAACAAGCUCUUCAGGAUGCUUUACGCACUAGCUUCGAAUCAUUGCUUGUUCCAGCAUUUGAACAAUCUUGCAAGACAAUGUUUGAGCAAGUAGAUGGUGCAUUUCAGAAAGGAAUGUCUGAGCACACUGUUGCUAUUCAGCAGCAGGUUGAGGCAGCACAUACUCCAUUAGCGUUAACUUUAAAGGAAACCAUCAAUUCUGCAUCAUCAAUCACCCAGAGUUUUUCAUCGGAGUUACUUGAUGGCCAUCGCAAGCUAUUGGCACUGGUUGCUUCUGGGAAUGCUAAGGCGCAUAAUUCCAAUGCUUUGCAGCCCAUCAACGGUCCUAUGGGCGGUCCCCCAGAGGUCGAGGCUCCGUUAGAUCCGAUGAAAGAGCUGGGCAGACUGAUAUCUGAACGCAAGUUUGAUGAGGCAUUUACAAUGGCUCUUCAAAGAGGUGACGUUUCCAUUGUGUCUUGGCUGUGUUCUCAGGUUGAUUUGCGUGCAUUAUGUGCAAUGGUCCCUGUCCCUCUGAACCAGGGGGUCCUUCUGGCCUUAUUGCAGCAGCUAGCAGUUGACAUCAACAAUGAAACAUCACGGAAGGUUCAAUGGAUGACAGAUGUUGCCAUGGCAAUCAAUCCAACAGACUCGAUGAUCGCCGUGCACGUGCGGCCCAUCUUUGAGCAAGUCUACAGCCAACUGGCCCACCAACGGUCACUCCCAACCACGAACGCAUCAGAUGGAACCAGCAUCCGCGUGAUCAUGCAUGUUAUUAACUCGGUUCUGCUUAGCUUUAAGUGAUUCUAAGGCACCAAUUGGUGGCUGUGCAACUGGGAAGUACGGUCUAUUCUAUCUUGUAUAGAGAAAUUUUGAAACGCGAAGGGAACCCAGAAAAAAGGGUGAUGGCGUGACGUUGUGGCCAAAAACACUCGCAAGAGGGUGGAGGCGACCCCCGGGUGUAAAUUAGGCUUGUGUCACUCUUAAAAUUGGACUAUUGUGGUAUUUUCGUAUCCUCGAAUUGUCCAGUCCAUUUUGUUCGUUUGUCAUAUAGGCAGUCGUAGUCCUUGUAUCUGGAACGGUUUGAAACCAGUAGCUGCUCCUGCUUCGCAGUUGUCGAAGCCCCCAAAUUUUGGAAUCCAUUGGAGGCAUUGUUUCAGGUGGCA